AGACUUGACCUAGUAAGUGUGCCAGUAAAAACAAAGGCAAUUUGUCUCCUCACUUCCUGGUUUCCAACUGUUUGCUCUUGGUUUUUUUGCUGUUGCUUUUUCCUCCUUGAACUUGCAGGUGAAAAUGGCUGCAGAGAAGUGGAAAAGUUGGGCUUUGAAACAUCAAAAGGAGGCUGAGAAUGGCGGGGAGAGGGAGCGGUGUGUGCUGCCGGGCCGGCAGCUGGCUGAAGCCGGCAGAUUCGCCUACGCGGCACUCUGUGGGAUAUCCCUCGGCUGGCUGUUCCCUGAAAACGAGCAAAGCUCCUUCAGGACAGAAUUCAUCAAGGGCUUUGUGAAGUGGCUGGACCUGCCUGAUGCCGUCUUACCUGCCAUGACAGCCUUUGCUGAUGGCUUAGGAGGUGAGGGCACAGAAACUUUCACUGAAAUUUUGCUGAAGGAUCCCAUUUUGAAAGAAAAUCCACUUCUCAUUACCCAGGACCUUUUAUCCUUCUCUCUUCAAGAUGGAUCCUAUGAUGCUCGAGCCAGGGUGUUGAUCUUCCAUGUCAGCUGGCUGCUGAGAAUUCCCUUGGAAGAUCUGGAAGUCCUGGAGGAAUCUCUGCUUGAGAGCCUGAAGGACCAAAAAGAGGAAGAGUCAGAGACUGCAGAAGUCUCAAGAAAAAAGAAGGAAAGAAGGAAAAAGCUGAAGAGAUACCUGCUGAUUGGUCUGGCAACUGUUGGGGGUGGAACAGUGAUUGGUCUGACAGGAGGCCUGGCUGCCCCUCUGGUUGCUGCAGGAGCUGCCACAAUCAUCGGGAGUGCUGGAGCAGCUGCUUUAGGAUCAACAGCUGGGAUUGCUGUCAUGGCAUCCCUUUUUGGAGCAGCAGGAGCUGGUCUUACCGGAUACAAAAUGAAGAAACGUGUGGGAGCCAUAGAAGAGUUUGAAUUCCUCCCACUUACUGAAGGGAAGCAGCUCCACAUCACCAUAGCAAUCACUGGAUGGCUGUGCACUGGCAAAUAUGGGAGCUUCACAGCCCCAUGGAGCAGCAUGUUGCACUCGAGUGAGCAGUACUGCCUGGCCUGGGAAUCCAAGUACUUGAUGGAGCUUGGCAACGCCUUGGAUUCCCUGCUGAAUGGUUUUGUGAGCAUGAUGGCUCAAGAAGCCCUAAAAUUCACUGUCUUAUCAGGGAUUGUAACAGCCUUGACUUGGCCAGCAUCUCUGCUGACUGUCGCCAGUGUCAUUGACAACCCCUGGGGAGUGUGUCUGCAUCGCUCUGCUGAAGUGGGCAAACACCUUGCACAUAUCCUGCUCAGCAGACAGCAGGGCCAGAGACCUGUCACACUGAUUGGCUUCAGCCUGGGAGCCAGAGUCAUUUACUUCUGCCUGCAGGAAAUGGCUCAGGAAAAAGACUCACAAGGGAUCAUUGAAGACGUUGUCUUGCUGGGAGCUCCAGUGGAAGGAGAAGCCAAGCACUGGAAAGCUCUCACCAGAGUGGUGUCAGGCAGGAUCAUAAAUGGCUUCUGCAGGGGCGACUGGCUGCUGAACUUUGUUUACAGAACCUCCUCUGUCCAGCUCAACGUUGCAGGCCUCCAGCCAGUUGACCUGGAUGACAGGAGGAUGGUGAACAUGGACCUUUCUUCUGUUGUAAACGGCCACCUGGACUACAUGAAGCAGAUGAACACCAUCCUAAAAGCCGUGGGCAUUAAAACCAAGGAAUGCCAGCCGGAAGACAAGGGCAGUGGCAGUCUUUCUUUCCGUCAAGCCAAGAAAUCCCAGCGGGCAGCUCACAGCAAGGCUCAUGGAGAGGAAAACACCAGGAAAGAGGAGGAUGAGGCUGGGAGUGAGGCUCUCCCAGCCGGCUGUGCUCACCGACAGAAUUCCUCCAGCUCUGCCCUGGGAGAACCCUCCCCUCCCUGCCUAGACUGCUCACACAGCACGGACAGCAAGGACCAGGCAGUGGGAAAAGGAGGAAAUUAGGGCAGAGCUGCUCAGCCAGCACAAAAACCGCUGUCAGCACAUGUGUGGUACUGGGAUUCCUGGAGGAUGGAGCUGGCAGAGCUGCAGCUGCAGUUUCCAGAGAAAAGCGUGGCACUGGUGUGGCACUGGAUCAAAGUGCUUGGAGCAGCCGCCCACAGCAGCUCCCUGAGGCGAGAGAGGGCUGAUUCCUACCUGAGGCUGCACUGCUCCUCAGGAAUCCAAGACUGAUCCCAUCCAAAUCUUUGCAGGAAGCAGCUGCACCUCUCAGCACCGUGUCCCUGCUGUGACUGGGGGAAGGAAGUGGCUCUGAGGGGAUUUGAAGCAUUUCACAGAGAGAGGUUCACUACUAGGAAAUUAAAAGCAUUUUUCUAUUC